UUAUUGUAUAUUUUCAAUAGGAAAAAUGAAUGCUGACUACGAUUACCUUUUCAAAAUUCUUCUGAUCGGGAACUCAGGGGUAGGAAAAUCUUCCCUGUUGCUUCGAUUCUCUGAUGAUACAUUCACUGGAAAUUUCAUGCCAACUAUUGGAGUUGAUUUCAAGAUCAGGACUCUUGAAGUUGAUGGAAAGACAAUUAAGUUGCAGAUAUGGGAUACUGCUGGGCAAGAGAGAUUCAAAACUAUCACUAGUUCCUACUACAAAGGUGCUCACGGCAUUAUUGUAGUCUAUGACGUAACUGACAAGGAGUCUUUCAAAAAUAUUGACACUUGGAUGAAUGAAAUCGAAAAGCAUGCCUCAGAUAACGUCAGCAGAAUUCUAUGUGGAAAUAAGUCCGAUUUAGAAGAUUCUAGACAAGUCUCAACUGAUGAAGGCAAGGAAUUAUCAGAUACUUACAACAUUAGGUUCAUUGAGUCAUCUGCUAAAGAUAAUUCUAAUGUUGAAGAAGCAUUCACCUUAAUGACCAAAGAAAUCAAGAGCAGAGUUGUCCAUACUGAGGCGAAGAAGCCAGCUCAGACUCUUGGGAAGAAACUAAAUUCUAAGUCCAAAACUGUGAAGAAAAAAAAAGAUGGAUGUUGCUAAUUAGUAUUAAACCUGCAUUAUGAUUCCUCAAAG